AUGAAGAAUACGGGUAGUAAUUUUAUUUUGAAGUUUUUUCUUUUUAAAUGUAUUUUUGUAGUUAUUAUAGGAAUAUUGUGUAUGGGAAUAUUAUAUUUACCAAAUGAUAGAAAUAAUAAAGUAUCAUCGAUUAAAUCAUCUGAAAAAUAUCAAAGGAAACUUUAUGACUUACAAAGGAUUGUUAAAGGUAGAAAAAAGGAUUCAAAAUUAAAAAAUAAAUCGGAAGGUACAAAUGAACAACAAAAUAAUAAAAAUAAUGGUAACAUUGUAAAGAAUGAAGAGUUAUUAAGUAGAUCAAAUAAGAAGUGUUUAAAAGUAGAUUUAAAUAGGGAAAAGUUCUUAAAAUAUUUUAGUUCUGAUAAAGAAAAUAUUAAAGAUAAAGAUAUAAAUUAUAAUGAUCUUACAAAUAAUUUAAAUAGGAAGGAAUUAUUAGCUGUGCUUGAAACUAUAAAUGAAAAAACACCAAGAAAUGACCUUAUAAAUAUAUGGAGUCAUGUGGUUGGAAUUAAUAGAGGAGAAAUAGAUGAACUGACAGAUAAAUUAAUAGCCUACACAGAAUAUUAUAUAAAUAAGCAUAAUAAGCAUGAUAUAAACAUCAAUGAAAUGAAAACAUUUUUAAAUAUAAAUUCAAAAGGUUGGAAUGAUUUUAAAAUUGAAUGUGUUAAAAAAAUAGCGUGUGAAGAUUCUGUUUUUAGUCAGCGUUUUUAUAAGAUUUUGAAAAAAGGAAAGAAAAUAGAGGAAAUCAAAAAAUUAAUUAAAUCAUAUAUAGAAUAUGCUGAUGCUAUAAAGAAAAAAGAAUAUGAAAAUUAUAUAGAGAGGUUUCAUGAAUCGUUUGAAAAAUAUGUUAAUUCUUCAAGAAAAAAAAAAAAUUAUAAAAAAUAG